AUGAGAAUCUUGCAAGGGAUAUCUCAUAAUGCGUUACAUUCCAAUUGGACAUCUAUCUGUAAUCAAAUAGGCUCCUCCCAAAGAAAACUCUCUUCAUUAUUGGAGCAAGGAAUUGAUCAAAAUGAUCAAACUUUACGUGAAAUUCUUGUCCAAAUUAAUAGGAUGUGCAGAGCGAUCGCUUUAAUGUUGGAAAAUAAGAGAAUGCUCAAGAACGACGUGGAAAUUAUCCUGCAACAAAUAUUAGAUAGUAAUAGUACUGAGAGAAAAAGAAGGUUGCCAAGGGAAAAGGUUAGAAUACUUGAAAAUUGGUUUGCGGAUCACUUCCAACAUCCAUACGCGACGCAGCAAGAUUUUGAUGAGCUAGUGCACCUGACAUCUCUUAGCAAAACUCAAAUCAGAAAUUGGAUCUCAAACAAAAGACGAAAGGAAAGAUCUUCAACUGUUUCUACAGAGCUACUUCAAGCAUUAAACAAAUCACCCUCGUAA